AUGGUCCGCACAACUAUUAUUUCAGCUCCUGGAAAGGUCCUAAUCGCUGGGGGUUAUCUUGUGCUCGACCCAGCCUUUUCUGGUGUCGUCGUUUCAACCUCCUCCAGGUUCUAUACUGCCAUACGCGACAACUCUGCUCUCAAACCAUCCACCCUGCGCGUUCGAUCGCCCCAGUUCCGUAACGCGACAUGGUCCUAUGACGCAGCUUUAGAACCUUCUGUAAAAGUCGAGGCGGCGGCUGAAAACUCGAGCAAGAACAAAUUUGUUCACCUCGCGUUGCAACACUCCAUUGCUCUUGCCGCUGAAGUCAAAGGUUCAGCUCUUGUUCAAGAAAUCCUAUCUAAAGGAUUGGAUAUUACUAUUGUCGGUGGCAAUGACUUCUAUUCUCAACGUGCAAAGCUUGAGGAAUUAGGCCUUCCCCGCACGAUCGAGUCUCUGUCGAGCAUCCCACCGUUCUGCCCAACCGGGGUCAAUCUCUCUGAUGUGCACAAGACAGGAUUGGGUUCUUCCGCCGCGUUGAUCACAUCACUCACCUCUGCACUCCUCGUACAUCUCACUGUGAUCACUGAAGAGUCCCUUUCCGAUGACGUCGGAGAAGGUCGUCGUCUCGCGCACAAUCUCGCACAAUUUGUUCACUGUUUCGCGCAGGGUAAAGUCGGCAGCGGCUUCGAUGUCUCUGCAGCCGUAUUUGGGAGCCAUCUAUAUACGCGUUUUGACCCAGGUGUGAUCCAAGGCUUGAUGGGCGACAACUUGCCGAAAUUGUACCCUGUUCUGUCGCCCUCCAAUCAGGCGUGGAACUAUCGCAUUGGAAACUUCAAACUGCCCCCUUAUACCCGGAUUAUGCUCGCUGACGUGGAUGCUGGCAGUGAUACUCCAUCUCUCGUCGGAAAGGUCCUGAAGUGGCGCAAAGAGCACCAAAUCGAAGCGGACGCGCUAUGGAACCACCUCGACCAGCUGAACCAGUCACUUUCCAGGACUCUCCUCGAACUUUCGACUCUCCAUGAUACUGACCCUGAAAGUUACAAGAGCGCAGUAAAAUACAUCUCCUCUCUCCAGGCCGUACAGUGGGAUGCCAAUCCCUCCCUGCCUAAGGAGGAGCAGCUGGUUGUCAGCACUUUCUCUGAAGUUCGCCGUCUGUCAGAGGAAAUCCGCGCACAAAUGAGACGGAUGGGAGCUCUCUCCGACGUUCCUAUUGAACCCAAGGAGCAGACCAAAUUACUCGAUACUUGUGUGGCCCUCGCAGGUGUCAUCGGAGGAGGAGUACCUGGCGCUGGAGGAUAUGACGCUGUCUGGCUCUUGGUGUGCGACGUCGAAACCAGCAAGCCCGUGCAAACCCCUCUUGAACUGGUCGAGCACGUAUGGAGCACGUACACCGAGCUCAGCGUGUCUCCACUAUCGUCCAAAGAGAGCCUUGCCAAAGGUAUCCGCCUCGAAUCUGUCGACGACAUUCCGGGACUCGCAGGCAUACUGGACUCUGCUUGA